GGGUGGAAUGAGCUCACUAUUCAGUCUGGUUGAAAAGUUUGAAACCAGUCUUUCUGGUUUCUGUGUAACCUGAGAGUUAAAAUGCGUCCCGUUUGCUGAGCCACGAGUGAGCAGCUCCUGCUGACUAGUCCUACAGUGACUGCCACAAGAUGCGGACCCCAGCGGUGAUGAUCUUGGGGCUUGUGUUAGCCCCUUCUGGCUAUGUGCUGAUUGUUACCUGCCUGGUUGCCCCCGCCUGGAGGGACGUUUCCGGGAUUCCCAACGGGGCUCGGGACGAGGUACACCACCAGGGGCUUUGGGAGAUCUGUCAGGACAAGCAGUCCGUGCGGGAGCUGACCUGCGGGCUCGCCGACGAUGCCUACUUCAACGACCAGGUGCUGGCCAUCGCCCGAGGUCUUAUGAUCGCCUCGUUGGUGGUGUCUGCAGCUGGGAUCCUGGUCUCCACUUUCGGGGUCCGCUGCUGGGCCGAUAUCCCCAGCUACAAGGUGGCAGGGGUCGGAGGGAUCAUCCUUUUGAUCGGAGGGAUCUUGACCCUGAUUCCGGUCUCCUGGUACACAAACCGUCUCCGGCAGAUCCCCAACACGGUGGGCGGCACUGACCUCAAUGUUGGCUACGCCGUAGUCCUCGGCUUCGUUGGCGGUAGCGUGAUCGUCAUUGGAGGCAUCAGUCUGCUGUUUAGUUUCGGCAUGUUGGCGGAAAUGAAGAGCCCGGCGAACAAAACUUACUACCCGAAGAGCCCAGCAUACCCCGCCAGCAGAUACCCCACUGGCAUUACCAACCCAGUCACAGUGAUAGACUUACCAGUGUCCAGCCGAUCCACUCCAGCUCCUUGGGAUGCCGACUUGUAGAUGGACCAGGUUCAAUCCUUUAUGGUUUAACAAAGAGUCAUAGAGAUGUACAGCAAGGAAACAGAACUUACGGCUCAACUCGGUCAUGUAAUAUAUUCCCACGUGCCAGCAUUUGGCCCAUAUCCCCUUAAACCAUUCUUAUUCAUAUACCCAUAUGACUUUUAAAUGUUGUAAUUGUACCAGCCUCCACCACUUCCUCUGGCAGCUCGUUCCACAGACACACACCACCCUCUGCAUGAAAAGGUUGUCCCUUAGCUCCCUUUUAAAUAUUUUCCCUCUCACCUUAAACCUGUGGCUUCUUGUUUUGGGGAGAGGGUCUAGGCCCGAAACAUCAACUUUUGUGCUUCUAAGAUGCUGCUUGGCUUGCUAUGUUCAUCCAGCUCCACACCUUGUUAUCUCUGCUUCUCAUUUUGGACUCCCCUGCCCUGGGUAUAAGAACUGGUCAUUCAUCCUAUCCACACCCCUCAUGAUUUUAUAAACUUCUAUAAGGUCAGCCCUCAGUCUUUGAUGCUCCAGGGAAAAUAGCCCUAACCUAGCUCCAGGGAAAAUAGCCCUAACCUAGUCAGCCUCUCCCUGUAUCUCAAACCGUCCAACCCUGUCAACAUCCAUGUAAAUCUUUUUUGAACGCUUUCAAGUUUCACAACAUCCUUCCUAUAGCAGGGAAUUAAAUUAGGAAUUAAAAUUGACACAAAACAGAUCCUUUAGACCAACUGUUCCACCUUUCAGAUAAAGAAGUUCCUCCAUCUCCAUCAGAAUAUAAUUCCUUUCUAAUUAUUAUUUGUCUGAACUUUCCCUGAAAAAGAAACAUUGGUACUAAAUCCCAAACUUGGAAAAAGAACUUUCACAUUCUAACCACUUUGUUUAAGAAAAAAUGAAAUGGUCCUCUUGAACCUAUUGCUGGAGUUAUGGUAUUAGUCAGCAGCUCCUGCCCCAGCUUUCAAUUUAUACACAAGUAAAAAUCAUUGUUCCUACACUUUAUGGAACUGUCAUAUUCUUAAAGACUUUCUAUCAGAUCAUCUCUCAGUCUUUGCUGAAGACAGAACUGGCUUGUUAAGUGCUUACUGAUAAGUAUAAGUUCCUACAGACUGGUAUCUUCCAUAUCUUUUCUGUGCCUCUUGAGGUCUCUGUAUCUCUUAUAUAAUUUGCAACCAGUGUAAAGUCUGUCAUGUUCUGUCUUGAAAACAAUUUGCCAAUUACACACCAAAUCUUCAGGUCAAUCAAUGUUGCACCAAAAUCUGUUACAGUUCUCCUCAUUAUUGAUUAUAUCCCAUGAUUAACUGGCAUCAUAAAAUUUUAAUAUUUUACUUCUAAUUUCCUAGUCCACAUCAGUAAUUCAUGUGGCAAAACUUAUAGAACAUGAGUUCACAUCUUUAGCUAUUCUGAAUCUGCCCUGAAGCCUGACUCUAUUUUCUGGUUCAUAGUCAGCUAGUUAUCCAUAUGUAUCUCAUUUCCUGACUUUGCAUGUUCUGAUUGUAUUGAUGAGUUUACUGUACAUUAUUAGUCUUUUCAAAAAAACCUAUUACAUUUCACCUUCUGCAUUAACCUCAAUUACACCUUCCGUUACUUCUCCAAAUAACUCAAUAAAAUUCAUCAGGCGUGUUGAAAAUUUGUAAUUAUAUUUUCAGUUUUUAGAGGUUUUACUAACAUAGCUGGAAGUGAUUCAGUUCUGACUUUUGUGUGUGCGCGUGCGCUCUCUCCUCCUCCACCUCCAUCAUCAAUGUUUCUUCAGCAGUAUCUCCUUAACCUGGUACUUCCAACACCCAGGAGAAUAAGGGCAACAAUUACAUGGGAACAUGUUACACAACAUCCCAAUUUGGACAAAAUUGCCCUUUUAUUGUUGCUGGGACAAACAAAAAAAAACUGAGGAGCAUAUACACCAAUGCUCCAGGAAUGUCUUCAUCACAAAUAAAGGAUUACUGAGGUUAUUGACUACUCAUGCCCUUCUAGAGAGAUACUAGAAAUGGAUGAUACCAGCCUUUGCUAGUGAUACCUGCAGACUAAAAUUGUUUAAAAAUCCAUUAAUGAUAAAUAAUUCAAUGAAAGCAAUGAGAUUUACAUUAUCAAGGACAAAGCAUUUAUAUGCCAUCCAUCGCUGAUAUGCAAUGGACUUUAGGAAGCUGGCAAAUGCUUGAAAAUGCUCAAAUCCUGAAAAAUGCAACGUGAUUUUUUUUAAUGAACAAAAGUAAUGAAUUUACAUGAGAACCUAAUGGAAAUCUGGAGUUGACAAAGUUAAUUAACAGUCAUUGAGUAUAAUUAUAAAACUGCUCUGUGGCUAAUGGUAAUGCAAUAUGUUAGACAAGGUAAGAGUAAUGGAAUUUGAGAUAUGCUUGGGUAAGUGAAUUCAUGGUUAAAUGUUGUUUUCAGUCAACAAGCAAAGUUCAAUGAGUGAAUAUGUCUUUUCUAAGGAUAUUAAAGGGAAAUUGUAAGCUAUUUGAACAGCAAGCAAAAACAACCCUUGUGAAGGGCACAAAGUAUUAUGGAAUAAACCAUUGGAUGACAUUGGAAACAAAAUUUAACUUUAAAUGCACUGAGUGUAGUAUAGACUGUUACAAUCUCUGAAGUUCACGUGAGGACGAAGGGGAGGGGAACCGUGAGGACGAAGGGGAGGGGAACCGUGAGAAUCUGUGACAGUGUAGCUGAGGAAUCAUCUUGUGUCCUUGUGCUUCUUGUAGCGAUUGGAAGUCAAACGUUUGCAGACUAUUAAAUCACGAUCCUGUAAAUCCCAGAUUCUUGUUGAGAGCACAAGUUGUCCCUUUAAUAUAUUCUUCCACAGGUUAUUUUGUAAAAUAAUAGGUUUCUGAUGAUAAUAAUAAUAAUAAUAAUAAUAAUAAUCAUCAAGUGAGAAAGCUGAAAACAUUGCCAUUACUGGAGCUGAUGUCUCCAGAGGCUGACUGGGGACUCCUUGCCGUGGUAGGCCUGGAGCAGGGACUUUGCUUAAGUCCCGAAACCCUGUUUAGGACCGUGGCUGAUGAAGAUGAAUUCUAUUUAACUGCUUUCUCUUUUUAUUCUUUUGUAUCUCACACUUCACUGUCCCUUAGAUAUACAUAACAAUAAGCCAUUCAGUCUUUCAUUUAAAGUGAAAGAGAAAUUAGAUAAAUGAGGGAUAGAGAGAUAUUUAGAAUAGGUAUCUUUUCAGCUCUGUUGUGAAUAUGAUGAAUUCACUGUUCUUUCCCAUUGUUCUAUAAUGUCAAUUUAGAAAUGAUGAGUGUAAUCACUAGUUGCUAAAAUUGUACAGACAGCAGUGGAUUAUAAUAUUAUCCACUUCUAAUGUUUAUAAUGUAAUCUGAU